CACAAAAAGUUGUUUGUAUUUGCGCUUGGCAAGGGGAUUGUCGCGGACGAAAUGACGAAAGCCGCUAACGCCGGCGGCAAGAGUAGUGCUCAGGAAUCCAUAUACAAUUAUCAAACACCGUUUGGGCCUGGGAACAUUGUGGACGUCAAGGGGCACGGUCGUGCGACGGUGCUGGAGGCGGUCAUCGACGCGCCCGGCCACCAGCACCACGGCCGAUGCCACAUCCGCUACCACGAGGACGGCUCCACCUACUGGGCCCGCCCCCAGCUGCUGCGCCGCAUGCGCCCCGCGGCGCGCCGCGUGCUGGUUGCUCGGCACACGCACUCGUACCGAGACGCCAUGGUGCACAACGUGGACCGGCCGGACGUGUGCCUGGAGAUUGGGUGCCACGAGGGUCUGACCACCAACAUGAUCUCCAACCGCGCCACCUACGUGGCGGGCAUCGACACGGCGCCGGAGGUGGUGGAGAUCGCGGCGGCGCGCCACCCGCACCUGGCCUUCAGGCAAAUGGACGGACUGGACACCGCCGCCACGGCGGGGCUGGCGCCGGCGGGCUGCACCUUCAGCCUCGUGUGCAUCGAUAUAUCGGGCAAGGCGCCGCUGAACCUGAUCUGCGAGAUGAUCCGGGCACAGGCCGCGGCCUUCCCGGCCGCGCGGCUGAUCGUGAAGAACGAGGAGCUCUACGAUGCGUUGGUCGCGCUGGAGCAACAGCGGGAGCAGCAACCAGGCGGGAGUCAGGAGCAGCAGCAGCAGCCGGCGCUGCCGCAGCCUGCUCCUGCGGCGGUGCAGACGCCUGAGCAGGCGGCCGCGGCGGCUGCGGUGGAGGCGGCCGCCGCUGCACGAGGCCGCGCAGGCGCGGCGCGGCUGCCGGAGCUGCUGGGGCCCGGGCUGCUGGCCGAGUGCGAGUUGUUCCGGCACCAGUUCCGGCCGCCGCGGUUACAGCCGUCGGAGCGGUGGAUUGAGAAGCAGCUGCAGCACCAGCAGCAGCAGGGACACAGCCAAGAGCAGCCGGCGGCGGCGCAUGCGGCUUCCUGAGCCAAGCUGUACCAUGUGCA